AUGUGUGACCAGGCUGAGGAUCCAAUCACGGUUUUCUGGGAUAUUGAAACGGCAAGACUGGACUGCUCAGCUGCGCGCAGCCUCUCCACCUAUGAUGUCGUGGACAACAUCCGGGCCGCCAUCUCGAGGCAUGGAGUCAUAAAGACCCUGAGGGCAUAUUGGGAUACCGCGACCACAUCCCUAAUAAGCGCUUCACGAAUCCGUUCAGAACUAGCGUCGUCUGGAGUUUCGCUGAUCGACUGUCCGGGAGAAGGGAGAAAAGGAGCUUCUACCAAGCGGCUUUUAGUCGAUCUCAUCUGCUAUGCAUGGGAUAGCAGGCCUUCCUCAACUAUCUGCGUCAUUACCGAAGACCGCGACCUCGCAUACGCCAUCGCGACGCUGCGCAUGCGCAAGUACCGUCUUUUACUCAUGGCACCAGCAAGUGCCCACCAGGAUUUGAUGUCGCAGGCGUCGGUUCAGAUGGACUGGAGCAGAUCGAGCCUCGGCAACAGUGGCACUGGCCCGAAUGACCGCGACGAUAGAGACGAGGAGCCGCCGCCGUCAUCUCGCCCGCGAGGAUCUUUUGUAGAGCAGAUGGCCUCACAUAUACCUCCGCCCACUGCACCGCUCAAUGCGCGUUUUAAAACAUUUGGACCAGUGCACGGCGGGUCUGCACCUUCUGUCGAGGUGCACGACAUGGCCCCUCGCUGUCGAAGGAAUUCCGUGUUUCCGAAGGUCUACGCCUCAGAUUACAAUGGUCCCGGCAGUUUUUGGGACGGAUCCAUGUCACCUCCGCCUAGAAACAUCCCUUCAUUCGGGCUCGGAGAUGGUCCUCUGUUUCCUAGGCCUCAUUCACGAUUCAGGCUCAAGCCCUCUCGCUCGGAUUCGGCACCGCCGAACAUCUCUCAUUCGAGCCUUCCUGCAACCCCACCUCCAACAACGCCUCGACCCCACUUCGCAGACGCAGUUCUCGAACCGUCUGUCCCUGCCGCGACUGCAACUUCAAAAGGAAAGGAAAGAGCAUUCCCAAUUCAAGAUACAGACGAUGUUGCCCCUCUAGUCACAUCCUCUCCAACCCCAGAUACCUCUGCAUUCCAGCCUUUCGAAGACAACCAAACAUCAACGACAAGGACCGUGACGCCUGAGUGGAAAGGUGUACGAGCGCAGGCAGCUUCUGUUCGCACUGUUUCCUCCAGCUCCAGAGGCGACAGUGUUUCCUCAGUCAUUGAACAACCUGACGCAUCGAGUGCACCAACUGCUGCUGAGCAUCCGGAUGAAGAUUGUAACGAGAAGCAACAGUUGGCAGCCCAAACCAUGCCCUUACAUAUCUCCAAGACACCAGCAACACCAGCACCCUCAGCCUCCCAACCCUCUCCGAGUUCUCGACGAAAAGAGGACUCGUGCACUACGGGCAGUGUAGCUGCCACCAUCGCAUCAGCUACAGUAAAAACUACCCCUCAAGAGGUUCCCAAACCGAUGCCUUUGUUACAACCAGCUGUUGCCUCGACAAGCACAAAUGCAUCAACGAAAACCCUACCGCUCCACAACACGGCUGUUGCAGCAUCAAGCCCGGCCCUAUCAGCAAAACCCCCAGUGAUUUGGGUCCCUUUGGUCAAUACUCUUCGCAGCGCAGGUGGUAAUGCCAGCGGUUCCAGCCUUGGUGGUCUACUCUUGAAGGACGACCCAAAAACUUAUCAGAAGGCUGGGACUUCCAAAUUGAAGGCUUAUCUCGAAGCAGCUGUUGCCGCUGGGAUAGUGAGAACGACUGGCUCACGGCUGACCAGCGUUCAUGUGCAUUUGGCCAAUCCUUACAAAUAA